AUGUCAGAAACCCAAGCCAUUUCCGAUUCCGACUUUUACACCAAGAUUGGCCUCAGGAAAAACUCCGACGGUUCCUUCACACGCAUCAGGCCAAUAGUUGAUGAGACGCCGGCCUGCCCCGAUCCACCUCUCUCAGUUCCCAUCCUCACCAAGGACGUCCCUAUCAAUCCACAAAACAACACGUGGGCCCGUCUCUAUCUCCCCCGAUCCCAACUCCAAUCCUCCACCAAGCUUCCACUCAUACUCUUCUUCCACGGCGGAGGCUUCACCGUGGCCAGCGCAGCCUCAUCCUUCUUCCAGACCUUCUGCUCCGAGAUCACCCUCCACCUCCACGCGCUCAUGGUGUCGGUCGACUACCGCCUCGCGCCGGAGCACCGCCUCCCCGCCGCCUACGAAGACGGCAUGGAGGCCCUGCUAUGGCUCAAAUCCGGCGACGAGUGGAUCACCGACCACGCCGACCUCUCCAACUGCUACAUCAUGGGCAACAGCGCGGGCGGUAACUUAGCGCUGCACGCGGGACUGCAGGCGUCGCGGCGCGUGGAGGAGGUGGCGCCGGUGAGGAUCCGAGGGCUGAUCCUGCACCAGCCUUUCUUUGGCGGGGUGGAGCGGACAGCGUCGGAGAUUCGGCUGGCGGAGAAUGAGAUAAUCCCGUUAUAUUCGACUGAUAUAGGUUGGGGUAUGGCGCUGCCGAUUGGGGCUGAUCGUGACCACGAAUUCUCGAAUCUUCGUAAGGGAUUAUUCUUGGAGGUGGAUAAGGUUGUGAGUGAAGGGUGGAGGAUUUUGGUGUCGGGAAAUGAAGGUGACCCCUUGAUUGAUCGUCAAAGGGAGUUGGCCAAAUUGUUGAGAGAGAAAGGUGUGAGGGUGGUGGAAGACUUUAGAGAGGAAGGCUAUCAUGGGAUUGAGUUCUAUGACCAUUCCUUCACUCUUUCACUCUGUCCUAUUUUGAAGAGUUUCAUUCUUGGUGUUUAA